AUGUGGAAAUAUCUGGGUGUGACAGGAUCAACAAAAAUGCUGCCACGAUUCAGAAGAGGAGGACGAGGCAAGGCACCAUUCACCAGCCAUGAUCAUGAGGCCGGACCUUCCCACCAACGAACUCCGUCUGUAACAAUGAGCACAAGUCCUCAAGAGGAUUGGAGGACCUAUUUGGAGCCCGCGAGGCGAUCUGUCUCGCUAAGUUCAUCACCCUCUUACCAUCAUUCUUUUGGGCCGCAAUCGCAGAACGAGCCCAAUAAUUCUCAUCACUCAUACCUACCACUGCAGCGGUCGGGGUCGUACCACGCGUUUCAAGACCUGACCCCAUAUUUCCAGAGCCGGUUUAACCAGGCAAAUCAGAUUGAAGAACCAAUGGGUCAUAACCCAUUGGGCCCAGAAGACCAUUUCCCUGAAGCUCAGGACAUGGAGAUGGAUGAUGAUCCGGAUCCCGCCGAACCACCAUCUGGGACACCUACUCACCCCAUCGAGAUUUCGAAUGGGUCGUCUUUUCAUGGAUCACCUUAUCGUGGUCCAGACAGCUAUGAGGCAAGCACCCCUCAACCUUCCAGUGGCAGUCACUAUGCGCCACUUUAUGAAGACCCGCAUAUGGGUGGGCCUUCAAACCCCGUUUCCGAGGUGGACUCUACGCCAGUCGCACCGCCACUAGUGGGUUAUGAUAACCCAAUUCCUUCAUACGCCGGUGUAGCGGCGUAUAACCCUUUUGAGCAGCCAGCCCAUACUAACUACAACUACGCCGAAGUUGACCCAUACCUUAUAGCGGCGAACUACAAUGCUCUUCAUCCUGAGGGGCCCUAUGGAGUCCCACACCAGUCUGGGUACCAAGCUUUUGGGUAUCCAUACCCGCCACCUCCUCAACCUCCGCAUAAGCAGCCGCCGCAGCCGCCAUUGAUACCGCCAACGCAACAACAGGAAAUUCUUCAGAGAUUAAGCCAGGUCGAGCGGGAGGUUCAAGAAGAGCGUAGGAACCACUGA